AUGUUCCAGUUGAAUUCGCCCAUGAACUCGGUGAGCAGUUCGGAGGACAUAAAGCCCCCGCUGGGUCUGAACGGGGUGAUGAAGGUUCCCCCCCAGCCUUCGUGCACCGCCCUGUCCCUCACCAAACACAUAUGUGCCAUCUGUGGAGACCGCUCGUCAGGUAAACACUACGGCGUGUACAGCUGCGAGGGCUGCAAAGGCUUCUUCAAACGCACGGUGAGGAAAGACCUGACCUACACCUGUCGAGACAACAAGAACUGCGUCAUCGACAAGCGCCAGAGGAACCGCUGCCAGUACUGCCGCUACCAAAAGUGUCUGGCCAUGGGCAUGAAGAGAGAAGUGUUGUUACAUGCAGCUGUCCAGGAGGAGCGCCAGAGAGCCAAAGAGCGGGCGGAGAGCGAGGUGGAGUCCAGCGGCUGUGCCAACGAGGAGAUGCCCGUGACCAAGAUCCUGGAGGCCGAGCAGGCUGUGGAACCCAAGACCGAGACCUACAUAGAGACCAACCUGGGCGUGCCAUCCAACUCUCCCAAUGACCCUGUGACAAACAUCUGCCAGGCUGCGGACAAGCAGCUCUUCACGCUGGUGGAGUGGGCCAAGAGGAUCCCCCAUUUCUCCGAGCUGCCGUUGGACGACCAGGUCAUCCUCCUACGAGCAGGUUGGAACGAGCUGCUGAUAGCGUCGUUCUCGCACCGGUCAAUAGCGGUGAAGGACGGGAUCCUCCUGGCGACCGGACUGCACGUGCACCGAAACAGCGCCCACAGCGCCGGCGUGGGAGCCAUCUUUGACAGAGUGCUCACGGAGCUGGUGUCCAAGAUGCGGGACAUGCAGAUGGACAAGACAGAACUGGGCUGCCUGCGAGCGAUCGUGCUCUUCAAUCCAGAUUCCAAAGGGCUGUCGAACCCCGGGGAAGUGGAGGCCCUCAGAGAAAAGGUCUACGCGUCUUUAGAGGCCUACUGUAAACAGAAGUAUCCGGAGCAGCCGGGCAGGUUCGCCAAGCUGUUGCUACGGUUACCGGCGCUGCGCUCCAUCGGCCUCAAGUGUCUGGAGCACCUCUUCUUCUUCAAGCUCAUCGGGGACACGCCCAUCGACACCUUCCUCAUGGAGAUGCUCGAAGCCCCCCACCAGAUGACAUAA